AGUGUUUGUUCUGUUACUUUUGUGACAGUAUUCGUUAUAAGUAUGUCAAAAUUUAAGUAAAAUUUCUAAAAAUAUCAUGAGCUUAUUAGAUAAUUAUUAUUUACCAUUUCAAACGAAGGAGUAUAUUUCGAAAGUGUGCUGCGACAUCAUCGAGGAUAUUUUGAGGACCACGUACGACGAGGAAAAUCCGAUAACUACAGCAUUGGAAAAGUGUACGCGCGGAACUCAAACAGAUACUUUUUAUCAUUUGAAAAGGGAAGAGGAUCAUCCCAAGAUCGAUUCUCCCACAGUCGGUAUUUGGAGGAGAUGGUGGAGAUUAGUACAGUGAGAGUGUCCGUUGAGAAAUGUGUUGAGCCGCUUCAAGAACCAACUCUCUUUGAAUUUUUAGAGAUAGAAGAAGAAUACGAAAUUACAGAGACAAUCCAAGAAGGAGACGAAGAAGAAACUGAGGUUGAAAUCAUACUCGAUCACAUCGAGUUAAUAAUAUCGGAAUACAUUAACGACAAAGGCUUAUUAGAAAUGAAUCGAAACAUAUUUAGUUUAACUAAUAGAGGAAUAGAGGAUCCACAAGAACAAGAUAACCUCAUUCCGGAUACAGCAGAUUUGCCGGAGUAUUAUAGAACGGCCGCCAGUAUUCUAUCGCAAGGUGACAACAGAGAGAUGGAAAAUUUCUUGAUGAAUGUAAAUCGAAAUGUCGUUGUUAAUGUGAAUAUGUCGUUUUAUUUUAAAAUCAUGAUUUUACUGUUAACUGUAAACACAACGCUGCUGUUCAAAUGGAUCAUUUGGGAUCAAAUCUCGCAAUUUUUUUGUUAAGACUGUUGUAUUCGUUACUUGUGUAGGUAAAUAAUAAUACACGUUUAAAAAUU